UACCGUUGGGUGAGAUCUUGGUGUUUGUUUGGGAUGAAGUGUGUUCAUUUGUUGAGGGUUUGAGUUCGUCUGUAGUGCUGUAUGAGGAUGAAUUUGAUGUUGAUGAAGUUGGGUUGCUGGAGGAGGUGGUGUGUUGCCAGGGAUAA